AGCUGAGCUUGGUAGUGUAGACAACACAGCUUGGUUUCUGGGACUGCCAUGAUGUUCAGGUUCUCUUGGAUUUGCCUCCUCUUGGUGCAUGGCAUCUGCUCUCAGCAGCUACACCAAGGGAUGGGCUUUCCCCAAGGUUUUGGGUUUCUGGGCUCUAUGAAGCCAAUGAGUGAUCUUGGUGCAACUAAGAGUGGAGGUAAACCAAGUCCCAGUGAACCUGUAACGGGCAAUGUGGGUGGGACUAAAGGAUCCACCACUUCCACUCAAGACAUGGUACAGAUGCCAGGAAACCAGGCAGGUUCAAAUGGGGGCCCAGGUAUCCCAUGGAUGGCAGUUCCCAUGCUUCCAACAGGCUUCUAUGGCAUGCACCAGGCAAGCCAGCAGGGAGCUUCAUCUGGCGCUACUGGUGGGGGUCAGAAAACCCAGUCUGUCAGCCAGGCAGUCCAGGCCCCAGCAAUGAUGGCCCAGGUGGCCAUGCAGAUGCCAAAGCAGCAGGCCCAACCCCCAGCCCAGAUGUCCCAGGCCCCUGUUCAGAUGGCUCAACAGCAAGUUAAAAUGCCCCCGGCUCCAGCUCCCCAACAGCAAGUCCAAAUGUCCCAGGCUGCAUCACCCCAACAGCAUGGUAAGGUGCCCCAAGGCAGCUCCUCCACAGCGUCUGCUUCCACUGGGGCUAGCUCAUCAGGUAUGGCCCAGAUGUACCAGGUCCUUGCUCAGAUGGCCCAACAGCAAGCCCAGGCCCAGAUGCAGGCUGCAGCUCAGAUUGCACAACAGCAAGCUCAGGCCGCAGCUCAAAUGGCCCAGGCGCCAGUUCCGAUGACCCAACAACAAGCCCAGGCGCCAGUCCAGAUGUCCCAGGCGCCAGUCCAGAUGUCCCAGGCGCCAGUCCAGAUGUCCCAGGCGCCAGUCCAGAUGUCCCAGGCGCCAGUCCAGAUGUCCCAGGCGCCAGUGCAGAUGGCCCAGCAGCAAGUCCAAAUGCCCCAGGCUUCAGCUCACCAACAGCAGGCUAAGGUGCCACAGGGUGCAGCUUCUGUGAGUUCAGGCCCUACUGGUUCCACUGGUGCAGCAUCUCCUUCAGCUGGGGCUGAGGCUGCCUCAUCAAGCCAAGAUCGCUUUAUCACUCUCGCCGCACCAUCAGGCUUCCAAACCACUUAUGUUGUGCGGUCUUUCCAUCGCUACUCGCGAGGCAAGAGGGUCUUUUCCCAAACCACCUACAUCCCCCUGGACUUCCCUUCUCCUAUUGAGACUGCUGAUCCUGAACAGAAGACCCAGGAUGGAAGAGCGCCUGAUGCUCCUGCACCAGCUGAUGCGAAAGGCCAGGCUGUACUCCCUGCAAGGAAGGGAUGAGUGGCUGUUCUCCAAGCUCAGAAGUGCAAUUUUUAGGGAUGAGCGCAUUGAAUUGAAUAAAUGGGCAAUUUUAAAUA